AUGUCUGCUGAUUCUCCUGUUCCAAACUUCACUAUUGGUGAUUAUGCCAAAUUCGCCUUGGCUGGUGCCAUCGGUUGUGGUGUCACUCACGGUUCCAUGACCCCAAUUGAUGUCAUUAAGACCAGAAUUCAAUUGGAACCAACCGUCUACAAGUCCAUGGGUCAAUCUGCCAAAUUGAUUGUUGGUAAAGAAGGUGCCGGCGCUCUUUUGACCGGUUUGGGUCCAACCAUCUUGGGUUACUCCACUCAAGGUGCUUUCAAGUUCGGUGGUUACGAAGUCUUCAAGAAGGCUUUCGUUGAUGUCCUUGGUUACGAAACUGCUUGUGAAUACAAGAACAGUAUUUACAUUGGUUCCUCUGCUAUUGCUGAAUUCUUUGCUGAUAUUGCCUUGUGUCCAUUGGAAGCUACUAGAAUUAGAUUGGUUUCUCAACCAACCUUUGCUAACGGCUUAGUCGGUGGUUUCUCUAGAAUUCUUAAGGAAGAAGGUGCUGGUUCUUUCUACGCUGGUUUCACCCCAAUCUUGUUCAAACAAAUUCCAUAUAACAUUGCCAAGUUCUUGACCUACGAAAGAGCCACCGAAACUAUCAACAGUGUUGCCCCAGCUGGUUUCAACAAGGUUGUUAAGGAUCUUGCUGCUGGUGUCAUUGCUGGUUGUACUGCUGCUAUCGUUUCUCAACCAGCUGACACUUUGUUGUCUAAGGUUAACAAGACCAAGAAGGCCCCAGGUCAAUCUACUGUCGGUUUGUUGAUUCAAUUGGCUAAAGAAUUGGGUUUCAAGGGUUCCUUCGCUGGUUUGCCAACCCGUUUGGUCAUGGUCGGUACUUUGACUUCCUUGCAAUUCACCAUCUACGGUAAGUUGAAGGCUAGUUUGGGUACUCCAGCUGCUAUCAAUCUCGGUGGUGCUAAACACUAG